UCUGUUCUGCGGGCGGCCCAGCAGCCCAGCUCUACCCCUCGCGAGCCCCCGACCGGCUCUCCCCUCAGGAGCCCGGCCUCGCCGGCGGCGGCGCGCUCACCGGCCUGCCGUCACUCCAUCACCGCCUCGCCUCCAGCUUGGCCCCGCCAUCAGGCACCUGGCCUCCUCCCCCUCCUCUGAAGUCCGCCCCCCGCCAGCCCCCGCCUCCCCGACGCCCAACGGCCGCCGGCGCUCCCCACUCCCUGCCCCGCCCAGCAAAGCUACAGGUGAGCACGAUGCUGCGCAGCUUCCCCCAGGCCCGUCGGCUUCUCAAGAGGCUGGGUUUUGAGAAGGGGGACGCCUACUUCUUUAAGCAGAUGGGCAAGGGCAUGCUAUGCACAUACGCGCUUUUUGGCGCUGCGUGGUUCUGGAAUGAGACAUCGCCGCUUGGCUGGUGGACGCUCAAGCCACGGCCCAAGGAAGAGAAGGAGAUGGCGCAUCUGUAUGAGCGCAGGGAGUUCCCGUACCCAGGUGACGAGGAGGCGGUGGAGGAGUUCAUAAAAAGCGGGGGCGCCCUGGGCACCACGAUCGGGCCCAAGGGGUUCGCUGACGCGAACAUGGACUCGGACAACAUGCAGAAGCAGCUGCAGUCGAAGAAGUUCGACCAGGAGGCGCGGAAGCUGUGGUUCCGUAUGCGCAACGAGGUGGUGCAGGAGCUCCAGGAGAAGGGGUUCGACGUCGAAUGAAGAUUAGUUUUAUUCCCAUGAAAGAAAUGGGGGAAGGCAUCGGCUUGAUUAAGUAUUUUGCAUUGAUAAAAGUAGAAGAAACAUUUUCCUGGGAUAAAGUUAGAUGCAUCCAAGUGCAGUGCAAUCCCUUUUUUCUCGGUGGAGAUUAAGUAAAUCCGGUUGCAUCCAGGCUUGUAUUCCUUUCCUCUGUCUUUCUUUGGGAUUAAAUAAGUUGUUUUCCAUGAUUAAACAAUUAAUCAUGGAUUAAUCAUAUAUAUUGAGACGCUGGUUUAAUAAUUUAAUUUGUACUUUUUUCUUUAAA